UGAUUUCUUCACAGCUCAACCUAAAGAAAGAACUUCUUUUUCAGAGCUUUGGCUAUUUAUUUUUACUUAUUCAUUGAGAUAUAUAUAUAUAUAUACAGAUAUCAAAAUGGCUGCUCGCGUUAUUUUCUUAUUUGGCUUUCUGGCAGUGUCGGUCUCCUUUGUUCUUGCUUCUGAUCCGAAGCCACUUCAAGAUUUCUGCGUGGCGGAUGCUAAUGCCGCAGUAUUGGUUAAUGGUUUAGCUUGCAAGGAUGCCAAGAUGGCCCAAGCCAAUGAUUUCUUCUUCAGUGGACUGCACUUGGCAGGCAAUACAUCAAAUCCAGUUGGGUCUAGGGUAACACCAGUUAACGUUGUUCAAAUACCAGGGCUUAACACUCUCGGCAUCUCUCUAGCUCGUAUUGACUACGCACCAUGGGGCAUGAACCCACCACAUACGCACCCUCGUGCCUCCGAAAUCCUGACGGUUGUCGAAGGCAGUCUUGAAGUCGGAUUCAUAACAUCUAACCCUGAAAACAAACUCAUCACAAAGGUUUUAAACAAGGGAGAUGUGUUCGUGUUCCCUGUCAAUCUCAUUCACUUUCAGAGAAAUGUGGGCCGUGGUAACGCUGUUGCUCUCGCAGCUCUGAGCAGCCAAAAUCCUGGUGUCAUUACCAUUGCCAAUGCGGUUUUUGGUUCUACACCUGCUAUCUCUAAUGACAUUCUUGCAAAGGCCUUUCAGUUGGAUACUAAAGUGGUUAAUUACCUGCAAGCAAAAUUCUAGGGCAACAACAUAAAAUUUAUGAUGGUGUGACUUCUUCUGUGUUUCAUGUGUAUGUCUGAGCAGUUAAAAAAAUUCAAUUGUAUUGUUUGAAAUUUCCCUUCUUUCUUUCUUUUUUUUUUUGUUUUUGUUUCUUCUUGAAUAUGUUUGAGUGAAUUGAUGUAAUGAUUCUUUUAUACCUAAGUAAAUGUAAUGCAUUUCUUUAUAUUUGAUGUAAGCUACCAAAUUACCCUUUUCAUUUUACAGCCUUGCUCUAAUUUAUCUUACUAUUUAUCUUAAUUGUUCCAACUGGAUUAACCAUUUUUUUCCUGUUACUUAUUUUAUUCAUUAACCAAUAGGAUCAAAAAUUUAAAUUUUUAAUUACAUGAACAAAGGGAAAAUCCUCAUAAGGGUGGAGUAUAUGAUUCAUUUAUUCAAGGAGAGGGUUAUCCUUAACUUUAAUUUGUGUGUGUGAAGUACUUAUUAGGACAGAAAAAGCAAAAGAUGAAUCUUCUAUCCAUUGGAAUGGAAAAUUAACAAUACUCUUAGGCAAUAAAAUAAUUCUUUUAUUUUCAACUUUUUUUAUAUUCAAUUUGCAAAAAGAUUUCUACAAUCCAUUACAAAAACUUGAAAAAAAUAUUUUACUAUUAAUUAUCUGACCAUUCCUUAUGUAUUUAUAAUAUUUUUAACACUAAAAAUCAAUUUAAUAAAAUUAUUAUAUAUUAUUGCGAAUAAGAGUUAGGAUAAAUAAUCGUGAAAUUUGUAGUAUUUUUCGAGCUUUCAUACGAUAAUGCUUUAUGAAAAAGAAAAGAAAAAAAAUAGAAGAAGAAAGGAAGAGUUUAGAGGUUGGAGAAGACGGCUUUCUGGACACUCGGCAAAGUUCAGAAAAGCGGUGACAUGCACGUAUAUGUAUAUGCCAUUCUAUUACUAAAUAUCACCCCUUCACCACGUGUGUCUUCAACCUCUUCCAUUGUUGUAUCUAAGACACCUGUAUACUGCCCUUCUUCUGUGUCCUUCAAGUUCCUGCACCAUAUAUAAAAGUAGCAACCAGUCUUUAGCCAUUGAUAUACGCUUGAAUUUUCUCAGCUACAGUGUAUUAAUAUUUACCCAAAAGGCCAAUUUUCUCAGCAUGAAGGUAACAAUAUUAUAUGUUCAUGUUAAUGGUCCAUUAUAUACAUAUUAGAUCUAAUCCUCAAAUCAAUAUGACUUGCUGAAAUCUGCAUGUAUCAGACAACAAUUAGUCUUCCAUUCUAUAUGUGUCAUAUCUAUAUAUAUGUACCUGCAGAGAGAAACAUCAAUCUUGAGUGAUGAUGGGAUUUCCAUUUUACCAAAG